AUGGAUUGUAUGAUGUGGCGUGGCAGGUCGGCGGCGUGGCAGUGCGUGGCGUUGCACACGCGGCUGCUGCAGCGCGUGGGCUUCAUGCGGGCGGCGACGCGCGCGCACGCGCUGUACCGCGCGCUCGUGCUCGCGGUCACCGCGCUCUACCUGCUGCAGGAGUGCGUGUACGCGUACCGGGAACGCGGCGACAUGGCGAAGCUCUCGCAAGUCAUGUUCCUGCUUCUUUGUCACAUCACCUCUAUUGCCAAACAAAUUGUGUUUCACAUCGAUGCAGAUCGUAUAGAUGAAAUGGUUCGCGGUUUUAAUGCAGAGCCGAUGUACGACGGCGACGCGGCGCUGCUGGCGCGCACGGCGGCGGCGGCGCGGCGGCUGGUGCGCGCGUACGCGGGCUGCGCCGUGUUCACGUGCACGCUGUGGCUGGUGUUCCCGGCGCUGCGGCGCGCGGCCGGCCACGCCGUCGAGUUCCCCUUCUGGAUGCCGCUGCGCACCGACCCGCCAGCCAUAUUCGUGGUGGUAUUACUGUAUUCAUACUACGUUACGACGUUAGUCGGAAUAGCUAACACUACAAUGGACGCCUUUAUAGCUACCGUUCUAUACCAGUGCAAAACACAACUUACAAUUUUAAGGUACAGAAACGAUAUACAAGCUCUACCAGAUAGAGCUAAGAGUCUAAGCAUUAAAAUGGACGAUAAAUAUGAGACAGUAUUGAUGGCAUUGUUUGUAAAGUGUUAUCAUCAUUAUCAAAAAAUUACAGACACGGCUGCGCUACUAGGAAAUAUUUUCGGUGGAGCAAUCUUGGUGCAAUUUGGUAUCGGUGGCUGGAUUCUCUGUAUGGCAGCAUAUAAACUCGCCAGUCUGAACAUACUGAGCAUAGAAUUUGCUUCGAUAGUUCUUUUCAUUUUGUGCAUUCUGACGGAGCUGUUCCUUUAUUGCUACUACGGGAAUGAGCUAACCGUGGAGAGCGAGAAGAUCGUGGAGUCGGUGUACUUAUCGCGGUGGGAGCGCACGCCGCUGCGCUUCCAGCGCGCGCUGCUGCUGCUGCUGGAGCGCGCGCGCCGCCCGCUGCGGCCCGCCGCCGGCCGCGUCGUGCCGCUCUCGCUGGACACCUUCCUCAAGUAUUUAUUCACAGAUCCUCAAAUCGUCUUACACGUUUUAUGCCGUGCUCCGGCAGACGAAAUAGAACACACGCUGGUCCCCGCUGCAGCGGCGCGCGGCCGCCGGCGGCUUUAUACUAUACUCCUACGC